AUGGGUCACAGUAAUUCGAGGCUCAAAAGAGUUCAAGAUGAUGUGGAAAUGGGAAACCUACCAGGAAUCAGUGGAGAUGAAGUGAUGAUGAAUCUAAAUAACAGGAAGGAGACGGGAAAAUGUUUCAAAGCCAAAGUCCUAAGCAGAGUAUUUUCCGAGGACUACGAGAAGGAGAAGAGCAAGAUUCUGGACCCACGAGGAAAAGCCAUCAGCCAAUGGAGCAAGAUAUUCUUAGCGGCAUGUCUUGUCUCUUUGUUCGUGGAUCCACUGUUUUUGUUCAUCCCGGAAGUGAGAGUGCCGCCGGCGGUCUGCAUACAAAAUGGGACGACGCCCAAAAUCAGCCUCACAAUCAUACGAUCCAUGUGUGAUGUCUUUUACGUCAUUCACAUGUUUGUUCGGUUCCAUACAGCCUACGUGGCACCUUCUUCCCGCGUGUUUGGGAGAGGGGAGCUCAUCAUUGAUCCUUCCAAGGUUGCCUUCAGGUACCUCCGAAGAGACUUCUGGAUCGAUCUCAUCGCUGCCCUGCCCCUUCCUCAGGUGUUAACUUGGGUAGUUAUACCUAAUAUUGGCGGAAGUGUAGUGGCAGUGAAAAAGAUAUCUCUUUGGUUUAUAAUGAUGAUCCAAUACCUUCCAAGAGUGCUUCUUAUUUAUCCUCUCUCAUCCCAAAUUGUUGAUGCAACUGGUGUUGUCAGUGAAACAGCAUGGGCAGGAGCUGCUUACAAUCUUAUGCUUUACCUUUUAGGGAGCCAUAUUUCAGGGGCAUGGUGGUACAUUCUAUCAGUUCAGCGACAAGAAGCAUGCUGGAGAAGUGCGUGCAAUUUGGAGCAAUCAAUAGGUUGCCAAAACGUCUUCUUCGAUUGCCGCAGGGUUAACGACCUUCCAAGGCUUAACUGGGUCAACUCAACAAAUGUCACAAAUCUAUGCGAUCCAAAUGCUAACUUUUAUCAGUACGGUAUAUAUGCAAAUGCAGUGACCUCAAAUGUUAUUGGCUCUGGUUUCUUCAACAAGUACUUUUACGGUUUGUGGUGGGGCUUGCAGCAGUUGAGUUCUACAGGACAAAAUCUUACUACAACCACUUACAUUGGAGAGAUACUUUUCACCAUCAGUGUCGCCACCCAAGGUCUGGUUCUGUUUGCGCUCUUCAUUGGGAAUAUGCAAAGAUACCUGCAAUCAACAACACUGCGGCUAGAAGAGUGGAGGAUAAGGAGAACUGAUACAGAGCAAUGGAUGCAUCACAGGCAAUUGCCGCCGGAGCUAAGGCAAUCUGUUCGGGAGUACGAUCAAUAUAAGUGGUUGGCUACUAGAGGGGUGCAUGAAGAAGAGCUUCUCAAUACCCUCCCUACUGAUCUCCGGCGAGAAAUCAAACGUCAUCUCUGCCUCUCUUUAGUCCGACGAGUCCCACUGUUCAAUCAAAUGGAUGAAACAAUACUAGACGUGAUAUGCGAGAGGCUUAAGCCAGCAUUGUGCACGAAAAGCAUGGUCCUUGUGCGGGAAGGCGAUCCUGUGAAUCAGAUGCUCUUCGUAAUUCGAGGGCAUCUUGACUCUUGCACCACCGAUGGUGGCCGCUCCGAUUUCUACAACUCCUGCCGGAUAGGCCCCGGUGAUUUCUGCGGUGAAGAGCUGCUUAACUGGGCUUUAGACCCGCGCCCGCACGUCAUCCUUCCGUCGUCCACAAGAACGGUGAAGGCCAUAACUGAAGUAGAGGCGUUUGCUCUUGUAGCAGAGGACUUGAAAUUUGUGGCCUCCCAAUUUCGGAGACUGCAUAGCAAACAGCUUAGACACACUUUCAGGUUCUACUCGCAUCAAUGGCGGGCGUGGGCGGCGUGUUUCAUACAGGCAGCGUGGCGCAGGAAUAGAAAGUUUAAGCAAAUGGCUCACCCCCAUGCUCCUGGGGAGAGUGCAAAGGAGUCGUUCUGGUCCAGGUAUGCGGACGAUCUAUUGAAGAGGACGAGAAGUAGGCUGGCUGGCACCCACUCUGCUCGAAUGGAUUCCAAUGUUGUCAACUCGCUGCAGAAGCCCCCAGAGCCUUAUUUUGAUUGA